AUGAACAAGCUGAAUGUUGAUUCGUCCAGGAACUCCCUCGCCCGCCCUACGAGCACUGCCACCGGCAAACGGCAAUCGGGACUUGAUCCUUCCACCAUCAAUGCAAUGUUUCCUGACGCCGCCGCAGCCAUUGCGACCGAGAAGGCCAAGUUCACCCAGCAGACGGGCAACCCUCCCUCGUCCAACCGCAACAGCGCUGUAGGUGAUUCUCGGCAGUCUAUGGCUGCUCCGACAAUCGCGGGCCCUGCCGACAACCAUGACUCCAAUGGUCAAAACCAGUGGACUGGAGGCGAUCAAUCGGUUCAGGGAUCUAGAGCUCCGGGUGGUCAAACCCCGAUGGGUCAGUUUGUCCAGCCGCCCCCGUCGAGUGGUUUGAGGUCUCCUCGCCCGCCUCAGAUCUCGGGCAACCAGAAUAUCCAAAACACCACUUUGACGACCAAUGACAAGCCGGCAGACCUCCCUCUCCUGUCCCCCUAUAACCCGAGUGGUGGUAACUGGGCGUCGAUGGUCAAUACUCCGCUCGUGGCGAAUUUCAACGCCAAUACUAGCGGUACGCAGGCCGACAUGGUCGCAAAUGCCACCGCGAUGAAACUAGCAGCUUUGUCGACCGUUAACAAUCGCUUCGCUCUUGAUGAUGUUCGCAAGUAUCGCCGUGCCCGAUCCAACGAUGCUCCAGGUGCUCCAGGCCAGCAGGGUUUGCCUCAGAAUGCGCAGAUUCCCAAUACCAACGUGGUCAUGAUCAACGAGCACGGCCAGGUGCUUAGUCGCGAGCAGAUGAUUGCUUUGCAGGCACAAAACAUGGGCUUCGGCCAACAUCGAUCUCGACCCAGCUCGCCUGGCAUUGCCAUGCAGCCCGGAGGCUUCGGGCCCAUGGCUUUCGCUUCUCCGCAGAACAAUGGGUUCCUCAGCGCCUAUGAUGGCGCCUCUCCUCUUCUCAACAACGGCAUCCCUUCAGUCAACGUGGGCCAGCUAGGUGUAGGAAACCACGAAGGUUACCUUUCAGACCACUCCGAUAUGGUCCGUGGCCGAUCUCCCCGAGGUCGUAGGGGUAGCUCAAAGCCGCCUGAAGACCCGACAGACCCGACCCUUCUUCAGGAUAUUCCCAGCUGGCUGAGGAGCUUACGGUUGCACAAGUACACUGAAAAUCUCAAAGACAUGAAGUGGCAUGAAUUGAUUGAGCUCGACGACAAGGCGUUGGAGGAUCGUGGAGUCAACGCCCUCGGAGCUAGGAGGAAGAUGCUCAAGGUUUUUGAGCAAGUGAAGGAGGCCAAAAAUGAUGACACAUUUAACCAUUCACGCGCCCACAGGCCCAGUGGCCUCAAUGUGUUGUUGGAUAGACAACAAGCAUAUCGCAUCGAGAAGGAGCGAUCAUGUCUUCGAGUGGCUACUCGCGUCGAUUGUUCGAUUCCCUGUGAAAAGGGGGUAUCGACAUACACCGACAAGAAAUUAAGAGUGCCAUUUGCUUCAGAGCUGUUGUGCACUUUCGGUUUCGGACACACUAGCCUGCCCAAAUCUUUCGGCUACAGCUCGUUGCCAACGGCAUGUCAAUCCGCCAAUUUCGGUCUGCGCGAUAAGACGAUUCGAAGGGACUGGGUGUUUGUCGACCACACAAGAAAGGUUGGUUAUUUCCCGCAGACUCAGCCAACCACAUCAUCUAUCGACAAGAUAAAUGCUCAGGUAGGAACCUUUCCGGCUCAUCGAAAUCGGAUUAUUCCGUCUAGCUCUGCCAUCAUGGAUUCAACAUGGAAAGAAGUCGAGGCUGCGAACCUCGAAGACAAUGCCCAUGUCGAUGACGACGAUGAUGAUCUUGUAUCGGAUGCCGAUUCAGAUGAGAUGGAGCUCCGAGGCGAUAUCGCCAAGUAUGAACAGUCUGUACGAGAGUUUCUCUCUUCACAUCACACUACUGGGGCCAGCGCUGGCGCUGGCAUUGAUGGCGAUGACGGAGGAUUGAGGAGGGCACCGCCGAUAUCAAGGAGCAAACAUGCUUCGCGCUCCAUCCGAGGUCCCAGAAAGGCUGCUGAGCCUAGAGGCGACAUCAAGCUUCGUCUUGCGGGAGUGAACCAGGCGUUUAUGAGUGGGAACUAUGCCCUCGCUCGGGAUCUUGUAUUCGAGAUCAUCAGAAUCAAUGCCGAAACUCAUCAGGCAUGGACCGUCCUAGCAUCCAUUUUCCGGGAAGAAGGCGCGAAUGACCAAGCGUUGAUGGCUAUGGUCAUUUCUGCUCAUCUGAGGCCCAAAGACUUCGCGGUGUGGAUGGAUUGUGCGUCCUUUGCCAUGAGCCUUGCCGAAGGCGGUCAGGAAGGCGCUCUCAAGACCGCCCUCAUGUGCUAUUCAUCUGCAAUCAAGGCUCAACCAACGAGCCUUGAAGCUAGACUAGGUAGAGCCGAAGCCAGUCACCGCCAGGGCUUCUUCUCCCAGGCUAUAACGGAGUUCACCUACGUCAUUGAGCGCCGCCCGCUGGACAUAGAUGUCGUUCGACGAUUGGCAGAAGCCUGCGCCGACUCUGGAGGCAUGGAAGAUGUCCAGAAGGCUGUCUCGGCUUACAAGACGUACUUCGCACAUGCACGAAGUAUUGAGCAGGAAGCAGGGGGGGAACUAUCAUGGCACGACAUCGGCAUUUAUGUGGAGCUCUUUGCCUGCGCUGGAGACUUCGCAAACGCCAUUGCAGAUCUCAAGUCGCUUUCACGCUGGCUGCUCGGACGACCAAACGACCAACUAUGGGAUGCUUGUUUCGAUGACAGGGAGUGGGAUCGCGAUCAUUCUCGCCGUGUCCAAAUCCCCUCUUUCGACCCUUCUGCCUACAAUAUGUACACCUAUGGCAUGGGAUUGCCUCUGGAAUUCAGGGCCCGUCUUGCUCUAUACCGGCUGAAGAUCCGAGACGACGAGGAAUCAGAUUGGCGCAAGAUGCCUCAGCAUUUACUGAUACCCUGCCAGCUCCAUCUACAGUGGCUAGAUCCAACUGAAUCUGCCACGGCUACCGCUAUCGAGGACUUUCCCUACCUUGUUCGAGAUAUUGCAGAUGAACUCUGCGCCGCCCAGCGCUACCAGGAGGCACUAGAUUACUACGAACUGCUGCGACAUUCUGUAUACGGGCAAGACGCGACCCUACUGCUUCAACUCGGCCGCUGCUACCUGAGGAAAUCCGACAACGUUGCGGCAGAAGACUGCUUUCUUGUGGCUAUUCAGGUCGACGAGACUAAUAUCGACGCCCGUUAUGAACUGGCUACGAUAUACGAAAAGGCAAAGGAAGAAGAGGAGGCUUACAUUCUCGUGACUGAAGCGAUUGCUCUUCAGGGCAUCAACGAUGAAGGGGGUUUGGCUAGCGACAGCCGUGGAGAUAUGCGUGGCAUUGGAAGUCACCGUUUAUCAGGAUCUCUAGCCUCCGGUUUGGCUGAUGGCGCCAAGUCACGGCGUAGACGGGAGUACAAGCGCCGACCUGCGAACAGCGGAAUUGUUCGCCCGAGAUAUCGCCCGAAGCGCCUGAUAGCUCCCGAUCAACGGAUGCAGGAGGAGCGAGCCCGGGCAGAUGAGCUCACAAGGCGAUACGAAGUUGUGCGCAGCCUAAAGAAGGAGAUUCAGGCAGGCGAUCACUCCCUAAUCCCAACGUGGAUGGCCGCUGCUGGCGAUCUUGUUGGCGAGUUUAGAUCCUUCAGAAAGUUCUAUCCUUGGGACAAAUACCUCAAGUUUCUUGGAGCCGCCAAUGAUGUUGUGUUCAGCGCUUCAUCCCGAACUCAGCCUGGCCUUUCUGAACUGGCCGAAAGAUUGUCCAAAAAUAUGGCACCAUCUCUGACGGAUGAGAGGAGGACGAACGUAACGUACGAGGACGACGGCUAUCGAGGCAUUCCUUUCGGCGAAUGGCUCGAACUAUUCCUUGACUACGCCAUCAGCCUUGCCCUCGAUAACCGUGCUGAAGAGGCCUACCAAGUUUGUGAAGCAGCUCGAGAUUCCAUCGUGUUCGUCAAUUCCAAGGAUUACAUGUUCUUAAUCCAUGUCGCAUGGGCGGCAUGCGCAAUAUAUCUUUCUGACGAAGAGAUGUGUGUAGCUGUCGCUAGAUUCUUUAUGAAGGUACGACAGCUAGACUCGGAUUCAUACCGCAUGUUCGCCGCAUUGUGCAGACUGUGCCAAUCACCGGCGUCAUGGUACAAUUCAGGACCUGCGCAAAAGUAUAUCUUACGCCAGAUCAAGAUCAUUGAUGCUUCUCACCUUGGUACGGCACAGGCAGAUAGGAACUAUGACGUCUCGGUCGGCGAUCGUACGAGUACUGGUGAGGCGAAACAGCUCGAUACUUGUUUACUGAUGCUUUAUGGGCAUAUUCUCUUUACUUCGACCAGCUACACCUUUGCACUGAAUUACUUCCUCAGGGCACGAACUCUGGAUCCACUGAACCCCAUGAUCAGUCUCAGCGUGGGGCUAGGAUACAUUCAUCAUGCUCUCAAGCGGCAGGCCGACAAUCGUCAAUAUCUCAUCAUGCAAGGGUUCGCCUGCGUAUUUGAAUUCUGCCAUUCUAAACUUUCUGGACCGCCGGAGGAGAAGAGAGAAGCCUUUUUUGGCGUGGCGAGGACUUUCCACAUGCUUGGUCUGCAUCAUUUGGCUCUGGAGUGGUAUCGAAAAGUUAUUGACGCGGAUGCUUCAGAUGGUGUUGAGCCACGAGGAAAUGCAAGCAGCCGAGAUGUGAUACUUAAUGCGGCAUACAACGAGUAUGCGCUCUUGAUCAGCAGUGGUAGUGUCGACGAGUUGGAGCAGUCUGUUCUACCUCGGCUGUGCCACGAGGACAAGUACAUUUCUCAAGACUGUAUGUUUGUGUUUCUACGCCGAUUGGCUUGGAUUUCGGGUUCUUUGAGUAGAAGAAUCCAAGACAUAAGAUGCCUUAUAGCAAUCAGCAACAACGAGUACCUAAUGCGCAAUGUGGCAUUCACGGCCACAAUGUGCCAAUAUUGGGGACAGAAAGGGAAGGUGGGGGCUUUUUCGCAUUUUGAGCUGGAAAUUUUUGCGCUAAUCCAUUCCAGGCACCUUCUCCAAUCAACCUCUUCUCCCCUGCUGGCCUACUCAAAUCACCCCGCCCUAGGCCCGAUUGGGCUGCCCCUCGUCCAGGUUUCCCCCUCAUACGGUGGAGGUGCAGCAAAGAAACUUUUCACGUCACUGAGUCGCCCGAAAAGUGAAUCAUCGUCCAUCCUACCCUUCCUCUCAGUAUCUUCGGCCCUUCUAACGUCUAGUGCUCAUACCUGGACGUUUGAUUACGCGCUGCACGUCCCUCUGUGCUGCUUCUCGUUCUCAAUUACGCCCCCCAGCAUGACUUCGGCCGAUAGUGUGCGCGUUUUGCUCAUUGGCAACGGUGGCCGUGAGCAUGCGCUUGCGUGGAAGCUCAGCCAGUCACCUCGUGUCGUCUCCAUCCUUGCGGUUCCGGGCAAUGGAGGUACCGCCACCUGUCCCAAGACCACCAAUGUGGAGGAUAUCGCCGCCGACGAUUAUCCCGCGCUCGUCCAGCUUGCGAAGGCCCAAUCUGUCAACCUAGUCGUUCCUGGCCCCGAGGCUCCUCUUGUCGACGGAGUUGAGGCUUACUUCCGUGCCGCCGGCAUUCCUUGUUUCGGACCUUCCAAGGAAGCAGCACAGAUGGAGGGAAGCAAGACGUUCUCAAAGGACUUCAUGAAAGAGUACAAUAUUCCUACCGCCGCCUACGAGAAUUUCUCCGAUUACGGAAGAGCCGUUGCCUACAUCGAACAAGUAUCCCACAACGUCGUCAUCAAAGCCACCGGUCUCGCUGCGGGCAAGGGCGUCAUCAUCCCCACAACCAAGCAGGAGGCCAAGGAAGCUCUCAAGCAGAUCAUGGUGGACAAGGCCUUCGGGUCCGCUGGUGACGAGGUCGUCAUUGAAGAGUUCUUGACCGGCGACGAGUUGAGCAUCCUUACCUUUAGCGACGGCACUCAUACUCUGUCUCUUCCUCCCGCUCAAGACCACAAGAGAAUCGGAGAUGGAGACCAAGGUCCCAACACUGGGGGUAUGGGUUGCUACGCUCCGACGACCAUUGCUACCAAGGAGCUCAUCCGCCAGAUCGAUGAGGAUGUGAUCCAGCCCACUAUCACCGGAAUGCGUAAGGCGGGUUAUCCCUUCCGCGGCAUUCUUUUCACCGGCCUCAUGAUCACCAGCCAAGGCCCCAAGGUGCUCGAGUACAACGUCAGAUUCGGCGACCCCGAGACACAAACUGUGCUUCCGCUCCUCUCUUCUGAAACGGAUCUUGCCGAGAUCAUGAUGGCUUGCACGGCUCACGAGGCCCGCCUUGACUGUGUCGAUAUCAAGAUUGAGGACAAGUAUAGUGCCACUGUAGUCGUUGCUGCCGGUGGCUACCCUGGUUCUUAUGAAAAGGGAACGCCCAUGGUGGUCAACCAGUCAACGUCACCGGAUAUCACUGUCUUCCAUGCAGGAACCAAGCUAUCCCCACAGGGCCAACUGCAGACUUCAGGUGGCCGUGUAAUUGCAGUCAACGCUACUGCCGACUCCCUGGAAGCCGCCGUGAAGAAGGCGUAUGAGCAAGGUCUCACGCUCAUCAGUUUCGACAAGAUGUACUACCGCAAAGACAUUGCCCAUCGCGCCUUCCGGUCACAGCAGGGAAAGGAAGCUCUGACAUAUGCUGGAGCCGGUGUUAGCGUCGACGCGGGCAAUGAGUUUGUUGAGAGAAUCAAGAAGGCGGUACGCGCCACCAAACAGCCGGGAGCUGAUGCCGAGAUUGGAGGUUUUGGUGGUGAGCUUGACUUGGCCAAGUGCGGCCUUCAGCUGAAGGAUGGCGAACUUCCCGUGAUUGUCGGUGCUAUUGACGGUGUCGGCACCAAGCUCAUGAUCGCUCAGCAAAUGGGAAAGCAUGACACUGUGGGCAUCGAUUUGGUAGCCAUGAAUGUCAAUGAUCUUGUCGUCCAGGGCGCCAGGCCCCUGAUGUUCUUGGACUACUACGGUUGCAGCAAACUGGAGAUGAGCACGGCUGCUGCCUUCGUCGAAGGCGUAGCAGCAGGCUGCAUCGACGCCGGGUGUACACUUGUCGGCGGCGAGACUGCUGAAAUGCCUGGCAUGUACCAAAAGGAUGAUUACGAUGCUGCAGGAUGCGCGGUUGGCGUCAUGGUCAACAGCCAAAGACUGCCACGACAAGAUGACAUGGUCGCUGGAGAUGUGCUGCUGGGCCUGGCCUCAAGUGGUGUUCACUCCAACGGUUUUUCCUUGGUCCGCCGCAUUCUGGAACGCGAAGGCCUGGCAUACACUGACCCUGCUCCGUGGGAUGCUGGCAAGACGGUGGGCGAGAGCCUGCUGACACCUACCAAGAUCUAUGUCAAGAGUUUGCGCGGUGUCAUUGAAAAUCGCCUCGUCAAGGGCUUGGCUCAUAUCACCGGAGGUGGCUUGAUUGACAACGUUCCUCGCAUGUUGCCGGAGCGUCUUGCUGCUGAGAUUGAUUUGACCAGCUGGGAAAUGCCCGCUGUCUUCAAAUGGCUGAAGACGGGCGGUAACGUGGAACCAUACCAGAUGGUUCGCACCUUCAAUACUGGUGUGGGAAUGGUGGCUGCGGUAGAUGCGGCCAACGUUGAUGCUACCGUGGCAGCUCUCGAAGCUGCCGGUGAGAAGGUCCUGAGAUUGGGACAUCUGGUGCACAGGGCUGGCAACGAGGCACACUGCAGAGUACUUAACCUGGACACUUGGACGUCGUAG